UUUGCGGAAUCCCAGAUUACUUUUGUUUCAGCAUUCCUCCGCGGUGCCAUGUCGGGCGGUUACGCGGGGGACUGUGACGAGGAAACGGACAGCGAAGAUCAUUUGGAUAUGGGGACUGGCCCGGAUGCGGAAGAGAAGGCCCACUUCCUGGAGGUUUGCUAUUCCUUCCUGGAGUAUGGGAGCGAUGCUUUCUAUGACCUCGAGCGAAUGCAGGAGACGAUCCAAAAGCUCGACGCACAGGACAUGGCCAUGUGGAAGGUGCCUGCCGUGCAGUGGUACACCGAGAUUCAAAAGAGGGUGCAGGUGAAUCUGGAGUUCCUAAGGCUGAUGCCCAACCCGGAGGUGUGCGGCGCCGACCUGGGGCCCAGCGCCUGGGAGAUGGUGGCCACAGUGCCCCAGGGGCACCGCGUGGCGAGCCGGAAUUCCUCCAAGGUGCGCUCCACCCUGCGGCAGUUCGUGCGGGACUGGGCCAAGGAAGGGCAGCCGGAGCGCCAGGCGAGCUACCAGCCGCUGAUCUCCGCCUUGCUGAAGCACCUGCCGCCCAAGCGCGCCCAAGGCGCGCCGGCGGUGCUGUGCCCAGGGUGCGGCCUGGCGCGGCUGCCGUUUGAUCUGGUUCGCCUGGGCUACGCCGCGCAGGGCAACGAGUUUUCCUACCACAUGUUGCUGGGCACUCACCUGAUCCUGAAUCGCAGCGAGAAGGCGGAAUGCUUCAACAUUUUCCCCUUCGUGCUUUCUUUAGCGAACCGGAAAGGCCGCUGGGACCACCUGCGCGCCGUGAAGAUCCCGGACGUGUGCCCGAUGGACGCCCUGGGGCCCAACGCCCAGCUCUCCAUGGCAGCGGGGGAAUUUGUGGAGGUCUACAAGCAUCAGGUGGGGGCGUGGGAUGGCAUGGCCACCUGCUUCUUCCUGGACACUGCCAAGAACAUGUUUCUCUACAUCCGCACCAUCGCGGAUAUCAUUCGCAAGGGCGGCGUCUGGACGAACUUGGGGCCGUUGCUCUACCAUUAUGCUGACGUGCCCACUGAAGUAUCAGUCGAGCUCAGCUGGGAAGAGGUCCGGCCCUACAUUUGCGAGUACUUCGACCUUGUUGAGGAGGAGGAGAAGAUUGCCAGAUACGCAGGCAACACGGCGGGCUUGAGCGUGAAUCGCUAUAGAUGCAUAUUCUUCGUCGCGAUUCGGAACGACAAGCCAAUUCGGGGCCACUCCAACCCCGUCUUUUGAGUGUGCCAAGUGCUGUCUCUCCCCUCUCUCUCUCACACCGUCGUUGACAACAUGUAGAACACAA